AUGUCGUGGGCCGCCCGCCCGCCCUUCCUCCCGCCGCCGCACGCCGCGGGGCAGUGUGGGCCGGUGGGGGUGAGCGGAGAGAUGCAUUGUGGGCUCGCGGCCCGGUGGCGGCGGCGGCGGCCCUGGCUCGGCCCUGCGGCGGCGGCGGCGGCGGCCGGAGAGCAUCAAACCCCGGAGCCGGAGCCGGGGGAGGCUGGACGGGACGGGAUGGGCGACAGCGGGCGGGAUUCCCGAAGCCCAGACAGCUCUUCCCCAAGUUCCCUUUCCCAGGGGGUCCCUCCUCCAUCUCCUCCUGGUCCCCCUCUCCCUCCUUCAGCACCUCCACCCCCCAUGCCACCCCCUCCAUUGGGCUCUCCCUUCCCAGUCAUCAGUUCUUCCAUGGGGUCCCCUGGCCUGCCUCCUCCGGCUCCCCCAGGAUUCUCCGGGCCUGUCAGCAGCCCCCAGAUUAACUCAACAGUGUCGCUCCCUGGAGGUGGGUCUGGUCCCCCUGAAGAUGUGAAGCCACCAGUCUUAGGGGUCCGGGGCCUGCACUGUCCACCCCCUCCGGGUGGCCCUGGGGCUGGCAAACGGCUUUGUGCCAUCUGCGGGGACCGAAGCUCAGGCAAACACUAUGGGGUGUACAGCUGUGAGGGCUGCAAGGGCUUCUUCAAGCGCACCAUCAGGAAGGACCUGACCUACUCAUGUCGGGACAACAAAGACUGCACAGUGGACAAGCGCCAACGGAACCGCUGUCAGUACUGUCGCUAUCAGAAGUGCCUGGCCACUGGCAUGAAGAGGGAGGCGGUGCAAGAAGAGCGGCAGCGGGGCAAGGACAAGGAUGGGGAUGGGGAGGGGACUGGGGGAUCGCCCGAGGAGAUGCCAGUGGACAGGAUCCUGGAGGCGGAGCUUGCUGUGGAGCAGAAGAGUGACCAGGGCGUUGACGGUCCUGGGGGCACCGGGGGUAGCGGCAGCAGUCCAAAUGACCCCGUGACCAAUAUCUGUCAGGCGGCUGACAAGCAGCUGUUUACCCUUGUUGAGUGGGCAAAGCGGAUCCCACACUUCUCCUCCUUACCUCUGGAUGACCAGGUCAUAUUGCUGCGGGCAGGCUGGAAUGAGCUGCUCAUUGCCUCCUUCUCCCACCGGUCCAUUGAUGUCCGAGACGGCAUCCUCUUAGCCACAGGCCUUCAUGUGCAUCGAAACUCAGCCCAUUCCGCAGGCGUGGGAGCCAUCUUUGAUCGGUCCCUCUCCAGGGUGCUGACAGAGCUAGUGUCCAAAAUGCGAGACAUGAGGAUGGACAAGACAGAGCUUGGCUGCCUGCGGGCAAUCAUUCUGUUUAAUCCAGAUGCCAAGGGCCUGUCCAAUCCUGGUGAGGUGGAAGUCUUACGGGAGAAGGUGUACGCAUCACUGGAGACUUACUGCAAGCAGAAGUACCCAGAGCAGCAAGGACGGUUUGCCAAGCUGCUGCUGCGGCUUCCUGCCCUCCGGUCCAUCGGCCUUAAGUGUCUGGAGCACCUGUUUUUCUUCAAGCUCAUUGGUGACACCCCCAUCGACACCUUCCUCAUGGAGAUGCUUGAGGCUCCCCACCAGCUGGCCUGAACCCACACCCACACUUGAGGCGUGCCUGGAACCUGGGGCACGGUGGAGGGGCCGAGGGCCCAGCCAGAGCUGUGGAGCAGAGCCAUGGCCUCCAAGGGGAUCUGCCAGACCUGCGCAGGGUUCUGAUCUCCCAAGUCAGAGAGGACCCCAGAUCCCUGUGAGGAUUAGAUGUCUACCUCCAGUGGCCUUGGGUCUCAGAACUUGUUGAUUGGGGUGAUUUCUUACCCCUCGCCCUCCCCUGCACAAAGCACUGGCCCUGCCUCCAGGAUGCUGCACCUCGUCUUGCUUCACUCCCAUCUGAAGAAUGGGAACUGAGCACCCCAGAGAGGGGUGUCGGGGGGCAGGCCCCCCAAACUGAGGGACAUGGAAGUAGGGCUCUCACAGUCCUUCCUCCUAAAUCUGGCAGAGGGGAACCGAUCACAGUCUCCUGUUCAGAGUCCCCUUUUACCUAUCACCUCCCACAGUCAGACUGAAAAAGAAAAGGGAUGGUUGGUGGUGAAGGGACUGAUGGAGAUGGAGGAAUGGGUCUACUAUUUUUAAUUUCCUGUGAGGACAGAGAAUUGCAGUCAGACUCAAGAGAAGUACUGUGUGUCCCCAGGUUGACUAAGAAAUGCAGUGGUGGAGGUGGUAUGUGGGCAUGGAGCACCACAGGUGGCCUGUCCCUGGGCUCCUCCAGUUGCUGCCUUCCCGCCCUUCCUAACCCCGUGUCUAACUUGGGGAAGGGGCCUGGGCUGUGAUGACAGUUUAUGCAGGUUCUUCCUUCCACAGUUUUCCCCCAACCCUGGACACACAGGCUGGGGACAGGGACCGAGCCUGAGAACUGGUGGGUGGGGUGGCCGCUCACUGGAGGUGUGUCGGGCUGCAUGGUUUUUACCCUGCAUCUCCUUGGGGCCUUUCCCCUCUCACUCGCACAUAAAAUCGCUUUCCAGUUAAA